AUGGAAGGAGAAUCAGCAGCUCUAGGUGGCGAUUCAAUCUCUCCUAACCAAACGAUUUUCCAGGGAUUUGAAUGGUAUCUCCCUGCUGAUCACCAGCAAUGGAUUCGCCUUUCUCGAUCCAUGCGAGAUCUUGCGGCGUUGGGCAUCACCAGCAUCUGGAUACCCCCGGCGACGAAAGCCAUGAGGCCCACAAGCGAAGGCUAUGAUGCAUAUGACCUAUAUGACCUAGGCGAGUUUGAGCAUCACGGGACUAAGCGGACUAAGUAUGGUGAUAAGCGAGAGCUUGUCCAGCUGGUAGAAUCCGCGAACAAUAGUGGAGUUUCCAUUUUAUUUGAUGCAAUUUUGAACCACAAGAUGGGUGCCGACAGCACCGAGUCUGUUCGAGCCGUCAAGGUUGACCCAGAAGGCAUGUUUCCUUUGAUGAUGAACCGCACGAAAAGCAUUGGCAGACCGACGAAAAUCAAGGCCUGGACUAAAUAUGACUUUCCGGGCCGCGGGGAGAAGUAUAGCUCCAUGAAGUGGAAUAAAGAUCACUUCACGGGCGUUGAUUAUGACGACAAGUCCAAACGCAACGGGGUCUGGCGUUUCCAAGGCAAAGACUGGGCUUCCGAUGUUGACGAGGAACUCGUGAACUACGACUUCCUCUUGGGCCAGGAUAUUGACCAUAGCCAUCCUGAAGUACGAAGGGAUCUCUUCCACUGGGUAGAGUGGCUUUCCUCGCAGCUGCGGCUCGGGGGUCUGCGCCUAGAUGCGAUCAAGCAUUUCUCGGCUUCAUUUCUUCGCGACUUUGUCCGCCAUAUCGAUCAGAACGUCGAUAACGGAACCGACUGGUUCAUUGUGGGCGAGUAUUGGAGAGCUGACGCCAAGGUCCUUUCUGCCUACAUCGAGUAUAUGGACCACCGGAUGUCGCUCUUUGACGUGCCAUUAUUGACGAAUUUCUACAACUUCUCAAAGGGUAUUCUUACCGACAUAAGACAAGUGUUUCAUGGUAGCCUGGCGGCAGUGAAGCCUAAAAAUGCUGUGACGAUAAUUGAACCGUGGUUCCUCCCGAUAGCCUACUCCAUCAUCUUAUUGCGUGAGAACUUCGGAGUCCCCUGUGUCUUCUGGGGAGAUCUUUACGGAACUCAGGAUCCAACGCUACCUCGACCACCGUAUGGCAAUGGUCGCAUCAUACCUCGCCUCAUUCGGGCUCGUAAACUAUGGGCAUACGGAACCGAGAUGCUCUAUUUCACAGAUACCCCAUCAUGUGCUGGGUUUACACGGCAUGGGCACCAAUCACGUUCUGCAGGCGCAGGCCUCGCUGUGAUAAUCAAUAUCGGAUGGGCUUCCACCGUCAAACAAAUGUAUGUAGGAAAAGACCACGCAGGGGAGAGGUGGUCCGACCUUCUUGAACAGACCUGGGGUGAGAUCACGAUUGAUAAGGACGGCAUGGGUAAUUUUAGUGUUGGUCCGAGGACUGUCAGUGUAUGGGUGCACAUCUAUGCGGAGGGUUACCAGGAUGAAGAUACAUACACGUUUGAUGACCGAGGGUACAGUGCUGUUGAAGGCGCUCUAGAUAAGCUCAAGCUGAGGGAACCACUUCACACGAUGCCUGCGUGGUUACAGUCCACGUCUAGUGUCUGA